UAAUAGCAACAAUAACUAUAAAUGAAAAAUAAAAAAAAGUGAUUAAACUUGUGGAAAUUUGUUAAACUUUGGUGGUUUUUUUGUUGGUGUGUAUGGAGAAAUUAAUUUAAGAAAUGUUACUACCAAACACAGCAAUAGAACGUAUACUUUAUAUAGAUGUGCCCAACUUAAGACAUCUAUUGAAAUACUCUAAAAGACACAAGCUUUUUAAAAACAAAUAUUGUAAUUAACAACUAAUAGAAACUUUACAUAAAGAAGCAGCAGGAGAAAUUAAAACUUGAACACAAAUUUUUUUUUUUGUAAAAAACAAUCAUUAGCAACUUGGCAAGAAAGUAAAACAAACAAAAUCCGCUUUAUUUUUCCCACUAAACUGAAAGCAAAGAGAGAGAAAACACUAAAACUAAUUACUACAAAAUACUUAAUUGAAGAUACAACAACAAGGAAAACGCUUGAAACCCCAAAAAAGAAAGAACAACUUUAUAAACUAAACUCUAAACUACAGCUUCAACCAGACACUACUCUACAAUCCCUGGUCAACCAUUAACUACAACACCACUGAAAAACACAGCAGCCACAUUCCUAUCCAUUUUACUACCCAUCAUUACUUUACAUUUUUACCCCAAAACUGUUCUGGAAACCCAACUCCAACCACUAGCUCUCACCAAACGGAAACAACAUUUAAAAAGCCAACAACAAAAAAACACAGCAAACAACAUCAACAAACAUGGCGUUAGGAAAAUCCAUUAAAAUGUACCUGACUAUAUUCGUAGCCACCACAUGCAUGUACAUGGUACUGUAUCAGUAUCACAUAUCACGGCAACCAAUGCCACAACCCGAAAUCAUAAAGCAGCAUAAAGAUAAAUCUAUUGAUAAAGAGAGCCCUAAUGGAAUUGGUGGUAGUUAUACUUCUUACUCCUUAUCCUCCAACAACAUCUCCACAUCAGCAUCAUCAUCAUCAACGUCAUUGAAUUUGACAUCUGUAAAUGCUGUAAAAUUACCAGCUUCCAAUAAAACUGCAACAUCAUCCUCAUCUCUGACAGCAUUAUCAUUAUUAUCUCUGCCCAGUCAUACAACAAAACUAUUUAAGAAAAUGAAUUUAUUUUUAUGGUCACCCAUGUCCUUAUUAUCUUCAUCAUCAUCUUCGACUUCAUCCAAACGAGCCAUAUCAAAAAAAGCCUCUUUAGCAUUGCUACAACAACCUAAACAAACUAUAUCAACGAAACACUCAUCAUCAUCACCACCAUCAUCAUCAUCAUCAUCUAGCUCAUCCAGAUUAAUGGAUUUAAAUAACACUUUAAUAACCUCAUCUACAUCGUCCUCUACUGCUACUACUUCAACAACCACAACAACCAAAACUUCAAUCCCAUCCUCUACAGUGGCCGCCUCAUCGACCCGGUUAACAACAGUUAAAGUCUCCACAGAAUUAUCACAGAAAACUAAACAGUUCCACAUGAUUAACAGUGAUAAACUUUCAUCACAACAUCAACAACAAGAUCAAGAACAAGAACAACAACAACAUCAAACAUACAAGCCUCCAUUGUAUAUAAUCACACCUACUUAUCGCCGUCCAGAACAAUUGGCCGAACUCACCCGUUUGGGUUAUACGCUGAAACAUGUCGUCAAUCUGCUGUGGCUGGUCAUAGAAGAUGCCAACAAGACCUCGGAUAAUGUUAUACAAAUAUUAAAUAGAAUUGGAGUGCCUUAUGAGUAUUUUUUGGCUCCCAUGCCCGAUGAAUAUAAAAAAGCCAAGGCCAAGCCUCGAGGUGUUUCCAAUCGUAAUCGUGGCCUCAAAUGGCUGAGAGAAAAUGCCACCGAGGGUGUUUUCUAUUUUGCCGAUGAUGACAACACCUAUGAUUUAAAUAUAUUCGAGCAGAUGCGCUAUACAAAAAAGGUUUCAAUGUGGCCGGUGGGUUUGGUAACCAAAUUUGGCGUUAGCAGUCCUAUAGUUAAGGCAGGCAAACUGACGGGUUUCUAUGAUGGCUGGAUUGGUGGCCGUAAAUAUCCCGUCGAUAUGGCUGGCUUUGCGGUCAGUGUAAAGUUUCUGCAUGAUCGUCCCAAUGCCAAGAUGCCAUUUAAGACAGGCUAUGAGGAGGAUGGUUUCCUUAAGAGUUUAGCUCCAUUAAAUAAUACUGAGAUAGAAUUAUUGGCCAAUAAUUGUACAGAGAUUUUAACUUGGCACACCCAAACCAAAAAGAAUAAUCCAGCGGAAUUAGUGAAUGCGACCAAAUACGGUGAUACAAAUUUAAUACAUUUAGAUAAAAUGCUAAUACGACAUUAACUCUAAGUUGAAAGUAUUUAUUUAAAUAAUCUAGAAAAACUGAAACCAAAACCAAGAGUAAAAUAUUUAAUAGACUUAACAAAGACACUAGUAAAUAAGUAAAUAAGAAUAUGAAUUACAAAUUUCCCCUAAAACAAUUUACUAAAUUACAUACCAACCAAAAACCAAAGAAACUCUAAAAUAAAACCAAAAAUAGAAAUAACUUUCUAACACAAAUUUUGUUCCCAAAAAAAACCAGGUAUAAUAAAAAAAAGAAAUAGUGAAACCAAAUAAUGAAAUAAAUGAAUGAUGAAAUAUUUAAGCACAAAGUGUAAGCUUUAUUAAUAUAACAUAUUAAACGAAUAUUAAAUAUUGUAUAUACUCGUAUUAAAUAUAUUAUUACCAUAUGAUUAACAGAAACCCAUUUUGUAAAUAUUAUCUA